AUGCGUUUCAAUUCGACCAAAGCUAGUGGUAGUAGUAGCAGUGAGUCCGAAAGUGCCGAAGCCGCCAAAGCUUCUGAAACCGCAGAGAGUCAAGAGGCCUCUGGACCAGCUAAGCCUGCUGAAGGGGAACCCGCGGAAGCUGAGCCAGUAGAGAACCCGGAAAUCACCGAAUUGAGGGAGAAACUCGAAAAGAAAGACAAGGAUUUAGCAGCAAUGCGAAACCAUUACACUAGAGCCAAGGCCGAUUUCCGCCAUCUCCAGGAAAUGACUAAAGUCGAAGUGCAAAAGGCAAAGGACUUUGCCUUGCAGAAAUUUGCAAAGGAGUUGCUCGAGUCCGUCGACAACUUCGACUUGGCAUUGAAGAAUGUCAAGGAAGAAACGUUGAAAACAAGCGAGGAAGUGAAGAACUUGUACGAUGGUGUUGACAUGACCAGAAAUAUUUUCGAAAAGACGUUGGGCAAGUACGGCAUCAGCAAAAUCGAGCCAUUGGACCAACCAUUUGACCCAAAUUUGCACGAGGCAAUCUUUGAAGUGGCACAACCUGAUAAGCACCCCGGCACCGUUUUCUUUGUUCAACAGAACGGGUACACUUUGAAUGAUAGAGUCUUGAGGCCUGCAAAGGUUGGUGUGGUGAAAGUUGAAGAGUGA